GUUGCCCUUAAAAGACAAUGGGCAGGUAUUUAGCAUUCAAAUAUGUGAGAUUACCAACAAUUACUAACAGUUGACAAUAUGUUGUCGCGCUAUUUUGUCAUCAAAAGUUACACCUUUGCGAGCUUUUUUUUCAAAAGCUUCCACAUAGCUGCAACAUACUUGCUUUAUCCAAACAACAGCUGGCURCAGGUAACAGGCUCCAUAUCAUAUCCGAUUAUUGGUUUACCUAUGCACCGCACUUUAUUCUUCGAUUGGGGCUAUCAAAUGAACUACGACUUUCCUUACAACCUCUCUUCUUUCUACAAUGCGCCAAUUUGGAGGUUAGAGAAACGUGAUGUGAACAACGAUAGAGUCCGAGACUUUAAUAAACUGAACUUAAACGAAGUGCGGUUCAAAAAUUGGUUGGAUACGUCCAAAGACAGACAUUUCUUCGAUUUUACAGCAGGUGAAUUAUACAACGCACUGGAGAGCUUACUGGAAAGCUAUGGCUAUCACCGCAGUUGUUUACUGCAGAGCGUAUGUGACAUAGCUCGAUAUCCAUUUGGUGCUAAGGAACAACACGUGUUACGAGACUUGAUUACAUUUGUCCUAACGCCCUCAUGGCAUUUGGGUUUCGUUGCAAGCGAAGACGCGCAACGUAAAGCUUACGAGACAGCAGAAUGGAGUGGUACACGUGGUUUAAAUUGUAGGAGACUCUAUCCAGCUUGUAGAAGAAAUUUCCUGCACACUAUCACAAAAGUGAUUCCCGAUAAUAGUUGAUUAAGUUAAUGUCUACCUAAAACUUGAUAUUUUAUACGUUUUGAUCUUCAUAACAAAACAAUUACAUUUUAAGAAUUCUUAAUGAUCUAAAUACAAUAAAUUACAUGUUUGGUUGAAA